AUGUCUUUACAAGUUCAGCCGCAGACACAGACACAGGCACAGCCCCUGAUGCAGCAGCAACAGCAACCUGUUCAGGUCUACCCUACCAGUGUCACAUACCAGUCACCACCACACCAUUCAAAUGGCUCUUUUGGGUCAGUGUUUGUUGUUUUGGCUAUAAUAAUAGUCAUUUCUGCAGUUGCUUGCUGCCUUGGAAGGCUUUGCAACCGCCGCAGCCGCAGCCACAGCCACAGCCACAACCACAACCAGAAACAUGUUAAACCUCAAAAGCAGCAGCAGAACCACACCAACUUCCGUCCAAAAGAAGUGGACAUUGAAUUUGGAUUUGACAAGAGAAUUGCAGCUUCCAAGCCUAAUGGACAUGGAGCAGGCAGAGGAAUCAAGCCAGUUCCUCAUGGUGACAUGAGAACUUUUGAAAUGAAGCUUGGCCACCAAGGAAAAGUAAGACCAGGCCCAUGA